UGACCGAUUAGAAAAAUACAAUUUAUUAUAAUUAAAUAUUUGGAAAUAUAUACUUUGUAAAAAAGUUAUUAGAGAAAACGUUUUUAAUGUAAAAAAGGAUGAAGGUUAAAAAUGUGCUCGUUACCAUUUUUGCUUUAAGUAUGAAAAAUGCAGAUGGCGCACUUUGCGGAAAUACGCAUUUUGGUGAAAACGACCCAAAAGAUAAAGAUAAUGACGUUGGCUCCAAUUCAAAUUUCGGAUACGUGAUGAGCGAGUCUAAGUACAUUAUUGACUGUUGUGGAAUAGUGGACAAAUGGGAGGCUUUUUUUGAAAGCAUCUCUGGAAGUAGAACUGUUUACUUCCAGGUUUGGAGACCAGUCACUGCCGGUAGUUCCACAAUGGACCUUGUUGGUCAGAACUCUUUCACCGUAUCAUCAAGAGGUGAGCAGUCAGUGAACAUUGGACAGUCACAGAGAAUUACUGUCAAGUCUGGUGAUAAAUUUGGUUGGUGGACUAAUGGAAAUGAUAUGAUAUCUCAUAAGAAUGGAGGUGGUGAAGAAGAUGAUAACUGGAUGAUGACAUUGGGCUCACUGUCAGAGGGAGCUUCUCAAGACUGGUCCGGGGCCACCGUAGUAGAUGAACGAUCAUAUGCAAUUAGGAUGGAUGUACAAGACAAUAACGACCCGUCAUUCACAAAUUUGCCAGAUACUGUCAAUGUAGCCGCAAAUACUGCUUCCGGUACUUCUAUUUUUGACAUCAGCGUCACUGAUAUUGACACAUACGACAUCAACACCCUCAGCAUUAGUAUGACCGCCAAUUCUGACUACAGUUUUGAUGGAUCCACGUAUGAAGUAUCUACAGCUACCACGUUUUCCACUACAACUGUGGACAAGCUAGUAUUUAAAGUAACUGACCAGUGUUCAAAUACUGCAACUGCUACACUUACCGUCUCAAUUACAAACCAGCCCCCAACUAUAACCAACCUUCCAGACUCGAACUCUAUAAGCGAGGACGAAACUACCGCGACGUCUCUAUUUACAGUGAGCGUAACCGAUCCCGAGGGAAGCGCAACCACGUGCAGUAUUGCAAGCACAACACCUGCCGGAGCACCGUUUACUAUUGGACUUACGGACAAAAUCAUUACCAGUGAUUCAUCGCCAGGAUUUGAUUAUGCUACUACAAGCUCUUACACCUUAUCAAUAGACUGUUCGGACGGACAAUACACAGACAGUGGUACUUUCACUGUUUCGAUAAUCAAAAAUGUGCCACCUGUCUUCCUCAACCUUCAAAAUUCUACGUCAAUUUCAACAACAGACACAAUCGGCACUAAUGCAUUUACGGUCCUUGUUUACGACACGGAUGACGUAUCGUAUACAAUGACAUGUGUGCCUACACCUUGUCCCUUCGCAAUAUUUGCUUCUGGACAAAUACAGAUAACAGAGGACCUAUCAGGACAUACAACUGUUGGAUAUGACGUGUAUAUAACUGUGGCUGAUGCUAGGAAUACUGUUGGUCCAAAAAUCCUAACAAUUACAGUAGCAGAUAUCAACGACCCGGUAACUGUUUCCAAUCUCCCCUUGACGGUAACUGUUGUGGAAAACACGGCUGUUGGAACGGUUAUUUUCAACGUUUCCUACAGUGACAGUGACACCUCACAGGCUCAUAUAUUUUCAAUGGCUACAUCUGGAACUGGACUGACAUAUUUUAGCAUUUCAUCUACUGGACAAGUGUCGAUUUUAAGUGCAAUUGAUUACGAAACGAUCGGAACAACGACAUUUUCCCUUGACGUCACUGUGUCUGAUCCUGUGACGUCAGACACGAAGACUCUAACAGUUGAAGUCAUAAACGAAAAUGAGGCACCUUCAUUCAGCCAGACCAGCUAUACAAUCUCAACAACAGAGGGAAACGCAGGAACUGUGAUAGGGACACCGCCCUUUGGUAUAACCGAUGUUGACACCGGUGAUACAAAAACAUUGACCAAUGACUGCGGUGCUUAUACCGGAUAUUUCCUUAUGGCUUCAUCCGGGCAAGUGAGCUAUCAAUCUGAUUAUGACCUUGACUCUGGAUCUCUUCCGACCAGUGUCACGUGUACAGUGACGGUGACCGAUAGCGGGGCCCUCACAGAUACAGCCACUUUGACAAUAACAAUAUCUGAUGAUAACGACAAUUCACCAGUCUUCUCUCCUACCACGUACAGUUUCCACAUCAGUUACUAUGCAUCCGCCGGCACAUCUAUCGGUACAGUCACCGCAACUGACGCCGAUACCGGUGCUUAUGGCGUCAUAACAUACACUUUGGACCAGAGUUCCUUGCCUGCAGAAUAUUUUGGAAUUAGCACUACUGGCGAAAUAACUGUGCUUUCGUCACCACAGGGCAGUGGGUUAGCAUUCGGUACUUCAGUCACGGUUACAGCUACGGCUUCUGAUAUAGGAGCCAGGACAGAUACAGCGUCUGUCGUCCUUAUAAUUUCCGAUUCUACGACCACAAGUACAACGACCACCACUGAUAGGUAUCGUUCUUUCCUGGAAGACAAUAAGAAUAUCGCCUGGUUGUCGGCAUGCAUUGUUGCCUUACUUGUCUGUCUUGGCGUUCUUGUUUACGUCAUCUUCACGUGCCAUGGACAAAAUGGGUGUGGCCAAUUUGCAAAAACUUUUUGUAAACAAAACCCUAAGAAAAAAGGACGUUUUGGGCAUAAAAGAAGGAAGUAUUCAUUGGAUUCUGUUGCAGAGGACUCCUCUUGGAACAGAAGGAGUGGCCAUGAAAUAAAUCCAAGGAGACCACCGCCAAAUCCAAUACGUAUGCAAGCUUGGAGAAGAGACAUGGUGUGAACAAACUGAGAAAAGACGAGUAAAUCAUAUCACAUCUGACGCAUGUAUUUUUCAUACAAAGAUAGUUGAACAAAUGUAAUGGUCAAUUAUAAAUUGGUUAACAACUUAAAAAAACUGUCAACGAAAGACACGAAAACGAUCGGAAAAAUAGUGUAUUACUUGAAAAAUUAUAUCUACAUUUAAAAAUAAUGUUAUACUAGGGAUACAUUUCAGUCGCGGGGAUUCCUUCGUGGCUGACAAAUGCUCCUUGAAUAUUAAAUUGACAAUUGUCUUGUACUAUAGAAAAAAUAAUUUGAGUGGUAGGCAAACAUACCAGUGCAGUAAUAUUCAUAACAAUAAAAACUGUUUGUUUGAAAAGAAAACUCCUUCGGCGUCCACACGAUAUGUUUUGUGUGACUCAAUGGCAGCAAAAUUUUUCUU